GCUCGACCACAAGCUUGACAGCAAGUCCGACUGCAAGAUGAGCGCGACAGCCAAGAGGAAGGUUCUGCUCAUGGGGAAGUCGGGGAGUGGAAAGACGUCUAUGAGAUCGGUCAUCUUUCAGAACUACAGUGCAAGAGAUACUAGACGUUUAGGUGCGACGAUAGACGUCGAACAGUCGGCCGUUCGUUUCCUUGGAAGCCUCGUCCUGAAUCUAUGGGAUUGCGGAGGUCAGAAUGCUUUCGUGGACAAUUACCUCACAGCGCAGAAGGACACGAUCUUUGCCAAUGUUGCAGUCCUGAUCUAUGUCUUUGACAUCACUUCAACAGAAUGGGAGAACGAUGUCCGAUAUUUUGAGGAGAUCAUCUCGGCUUUACGGGAGAACAGUUCUGAUGCGGGAGUAUGGGUUCUCAUCAACAAGAUGGAUUUGGUGGACAAAGAAGAUCCAAAGAGGAAGAAGUACGCCGAGAGGAGUGAGGACAUCGUCAAAAUAGAUGAGCGGGUGCGGAGUGAAAUGUCAGACGAUGGGAGGAGAGGGGGUUUAAGGUGUUUCCCCACGAGUAUAUGGGACGAAUCGCUGUACAAGGCUUGGUCGUCCGUUAUUCACACUCUGAUACCGAAUAUCAAUCUCAUUACCGCGCAUCUUACCUACCUGCGAGACAUCUGCAUGGCCGUGGAGGCGGUGGCUUUUGAAGCAGAGACAUUCCUCGUCAUUUCGAAGUCUGGGUCGCCAUUAGACAGUAAUGAGGCAGAGCUGGAUGACCAGGAGACAAGGUACGGAGCAGGCAGCCUGAGCAAACAUAGAUUCGAGAAGAUCUCGGAGAUCAUCAAGGGGUUUCGAAAGACUUGCCAACGUACGGGAGAAUCAUUCACUGGCUUUGAAGCCAAAUUCGACGACUGCACCGUGGUUCUGGAGCCGUUGACCCAGAAUCAAUUUGUGCUGGUAGUGGCGGCCGAUCCGAUAGUUGAAUCCGCCCUCAUACAAUACAACAUUUACCAUUCUCAAUCCCAUCUAGCCGAAUUUGCCCGGAAGAGCGUUCUCGACAGAAAAUGCGGAAUCUGCCGGCGUAAUACAGAACUGAAAUACGAGGUAAAAGAUGACGAUGAUCCUUCCGUGCUCGCGUGGGACGAGGCAUGGGAUCGGCUAAAGCAGGUCAAUGGCCGAUUGAACGAGAGGAUAAGUAGAGUAGAGAUCGGAGAUUAAGAUGCA